GAGUGGGUUAAGGCGACCCAGUCGCGUCUCGGGCCACGUCCUAUGCAAAUGCAUUAGGCGGGGGGGCUGACUAGUUGACGGGCUGACAGGCUAACGAUAGUGUGAUAUUAUCACCUCCCGCGCACGGUCUGAUAUAGCCAGUCGGCAACUAGUCUUAGACUUAUCUGUAUCUGUAUCUUCGGAGGGAAUUGGUGUGGGUGUGGGUGUGGGUCUGGUGAAACACUCAAUUACACAGAUUGCAAAUGACAGGGAGGACGGAGCACAGUUCGGCCAGAUAAGAUUCGCCCAAAAGCGCUUACAGGGUGUCCGGGCGAGUGAGGCUCCCACAAGGUAUGGCAGUGGUGGGUGGCUGGGUUUUGGGGUUUGAAGGAGCACCCUGUUGGGGUUUUAUCAAUUCAAUGAAAACGAAAAAGACAAGCGAACCGCACUUAAGAAGUGCUACCUCCGAAUCAUAUAUAAUCAGUUAACUGCCGGCAUUUGAGCACGCCAGUUAGAGGAUUGCUACGGUUGGCUCAUAUCAAUCCAUUUUUGUCUCGUUUUCGUUCUCGUUCUCGUCAUUCGGAUUCGCAUUCGGAUUCGGAUUCGGAUUCGCUAUCUCUCGGAGAUUCCCCCAGAACGAGGUCGAUAUGUCGCUGCAACGCUGCAACGUCCAUCAGCUGCUCCUGUAUUCGGUCUGCCUGCUCGCGGUGAUCGUGUUUUGUGCCCCGGCGGGUAGCGAGUCGCGUCGCGUGAUCUUCUUGGCCCCCAAUGGCAUCCAUCGCGGACAGAUCUUGGCCACGCAUGGCAUGGAGAAGCCCUGCCCGCAGUGUCAUAUGCACGAUCAUCGCGGCAAUUGUCGUCGCAUCAUUUCGUACAAUGCAGAUGGCGUGCGCUGCUGAGGAGGGAAAGAGCCAGUGAAAGCGUCCAAAAUGAAAAAAAACCAAACCAAAACCAAAAUCAAAACCAAACCAAUCCAUCGAAACGAAUCUCCAACUCUCUCAAAACAACAGCAUUAUUCGUGCUCUAUUUAUUUAUGUUAUUUAUCUGCCUCGCACUCGAUCUAGAAUUCGCCCUAUUUUACAACCAAAAUACACAUACUUACUACAACAUAUAUAAUAAUAAAUACAAAUAUCUAUACUUGAAUAAAACCCAG